CUAUCCAGAUAGGGUAAAGUCGCUACUUUUGACAUGGCCAAGAGCAGCUUCUGUCUGGUGCCUAUCAUCUGCCAGUUUCUUGGAUUACAAGCCGCUCUGCUGGACUCUUUGCUGAAUCAGAGCAAUAUUUACUAUCUGAAAGCUUCGGCGGAUGUUCCUUUGGAAAAUGUGGAUUCUUUGGUCUCAGUGGAGUCUGUAAAGUUAAUUGUGCAUGGAUAUCUGGGAUCCCGCACCCAUGGGUCUAUUAUGCCUCUGAGAAAUGCUUACACUGCCCAAGGAUAUGAGAAUGUCCUGGUAGCAGACUGGGGACCAGUAGCCAAUUUGGAUUAUCCAACCUCUCGUUUGGCGGUGAAGAAAGUGGCUCGCAUUCUGGCUAAAUUACUGGAGGACUUUCUCCAGAAACAUGGCAUAUCCUUGGAAGGAGUUCACGUCAUCGGUCACAGUUUGGGAGCUCAUAUCGCAGGACGAAUUGGUCGGUACUUUAAUGGAACUUUGGGCAGAGUCACGGGAUUGGAUCCUGCUCUUCCCCUUUUCUCAAGUAGAUCGGAAGACAGUUUGCACUCGAAUGCCGCUCAAUUUGUGGACGUAAUUCACACGGAUUACCCUUUGUUUGGGGAUAUUAGACCUCGAGGAACUGUGGAUUUUUAUCCGAAUUUUGGACUGGCUCCGCAACCAGGAUGCGAAAAUGUGGACGUUGUUGCCGCCAGUAAGCUACUUCAUGAGGCUUAUAGUUGCAGUCACAACAGAGCCGUUAUGUUUUAUGCAGAGUCCAUAGGAAUGCCCAAGAAUUUUCCAGCCAUUUCCUGCAGUUUAAAGGCCAUUAAAAGUCGACAUGUUGAGGACUGUCAAGCAGAAAAUUCUCAAGCCAAUAACACAGAAAUUUUUAUGGGCGAGCAUGUUGAUCGCAGCGCCACCCUGUAUUAUUAUUUGGCAACUAAUGGAGCGCCACCCUACGGCCAGGGCAGGAACUCACGGUUUGCUUUUUUGCAAUAGAUGGCGCCAGUUAUCCAUCUAUAUGUGAAAUUGUGGUUCUUUUUUACGUAGUAUGGCAAUAUAAAAGGAUAAAUCGAUAUUGAGAAUUGGCGCCAAAAUUCAAAGUAUUUUAAGGGAUAUAAAUUAUUGGAGGUUAAAUUCAUAAUGGCAUAGCUGCCAUAAAAAUGAUAUAAAAACUUUAUGAUAUAUUUUUGUUUCGAUUUCAAAUUAAAAAGGAUAGACCUGCAAAGUGUAUAAACUUAAGUUAGCUUCCUUUCU